CUCUCGUCGACUCCCGCUCUCUCCCGGCGCUUUCGCGGGCGCUCAGGGCGCGGCGGUUGAAUGGUGGGAAAGCCAAGGCAGCCGGGAUGAAGGCAGCAGCAGCCUCCGCUGCUCCGUCCCUUUCGCCGCUGAUCCGGAAACUCCGUCAUCAGCUGGCUGAGAUUCGAGAACGAGCUCUUAGGAACAUUUUGUGUAAAUUAGACCACUGUUUGAUUACAUAUGCUGAUCUGGUGCAAGAAAAGUUGCUCUUUCUGAGUCUUUUAGAGUGGUUCAACUUUCCUGUGGUACCAAUGAAAGAAGAAGUCUUACAUUUAUUAAGCAACUUGGUAAAGCAUCCAUCAGCUGUGGAGGAGUUAGUUGGGAUCGGAGCAGUCGAGUUUUUCUCCCAACUUCGUCCAAACGUGGAUCCAAAUCUACAAGCUAUGAUUGAUGGGAUUCUGGAUGGACUAUUUGUGCUACCUUCAGAAAUAUCUUCUGAUUAUCAGGCACUGCCUCAUGAGGCCCAUCCCUGCCCAACAGUGGCCGAUCCUAAUACCCGCAUUGGAUAUUUCCAGCAAGGGGAAAGUUAUCUACAAGACACAGAAGUACCACCCAAGCAACAAAAUGUGAACCACAGAGUGAAAUGUCUGAAGUUUUCUACAUUCCCUUGGUUAUCUCUGACCACAACAGAUAGGCAUGUUCUUUCGUCAAGUGAAAGCUCAUUGAGAAGUAAAAGUCACAGAUUAAUUUGGAAUACCUGUGAGCUGUUGCAAUAUGUUAUCAUGCAAGACUUUCCUGCUGAGAUCUUUCUUCAGAGACCAAAGAUUGUACAGGAGCUCCUCUCUCUAACUACACUGGCUCUUGGAAGCGAUGGGCAAUACCGUUUGGCCUUACAGGGUAUCUUAUGCCUGCAACAAUUAUGUGUCUUCUUAAGAAACAGGCUUAACUUCCAUAGAGAUCCAAGUUUUCUUUCAAGUGAUACAGGUGCUGUUUCACAGAAUUCAUCAGUGUCAUACUGUCAAGAUGCCAGAAGACCUUCUCAUUCUCAAAAUCCAUCACCGGGAGGUAGUAGUCCUCGGCCAUCUGUGAUCGGACGUACAGGACAACGUCCCAGAGGUGAUGGUCAAGAUUGGGAUGCAGGAUCUUCUAGUGGAAGCAGUUCUAAUGCUAAUGUGAUUUCCAGAAGAUCUGCCCAGUCACCUUUUGAUAUGGGUCAUGUUGACUUGCCAGAAUUGGAAAGUGAGGACACCUUGGAGUUACAAUUUCAACAGCUUAGUCUUCCUCAGUUCUGUGUGGCUAUUUUGGAAUAUGCUGUGCCGCUUCUAAGGACAGGAAGCAGAAGAGUGACUAUAAAAGUGUUGGAGUUGCUUGCUGAAGAUCUGCUGCUUAUUGCUGAUGCGGUGUCAGACGAUGUUUGGGAAGACAGCAGUGUCUUUGGGUUGGAACUUAAGGAGAAGCUGCUUGGAGUCUUAGAUUCGUUAGGUGAAACCAUUUUGUACCACAAAAAUAAUGUAAAUCCAGAUCAGCUCAAGUUUGUGACAGUGCACCACAGAAUGACAUUUCUGAGCGUUUCACUUUUCACCAUUCGACUUCUUCAAGCCCUUCUUCCUGUAGAGAAGGCCAGCAGUGUUUUACCAGAGAUUCUACUGACUGCCUUAUUUGACAUUUCGAUGGACAUGCCAUUCUCUUUGGAGUACCCAAAUAUUCAUGAAUCUGUUGUAGCCUAUUUGGAACAAAUGAAUUCAGAAAACUACAUUAUUUAUAAACAAGCUGCAGAGGCUGCCUAUUCAAUUGAGUGUUCUUGUAACUUUAUGAUGGAUGUCCGUAAACAGGGAGAAAAGAAUUUUGUUGAUUUAUUGGAGUUAGCAGAACAGGCCUUAAAAAGUAUUCCAUAUCAUCAGUACUUCAGUCUUCUUCAGGAAUUCAUCCACAUUUGCUCAGAUAUCUGGAAACCUGCCCAAGCCAGCCUAGUGCUGCAGGAUGAAAGCCAGAAGGUGCUCCUCCAUCUGCUGUCCCAUCCCGUGGCAAACAUAAGAAUCGAAAGCUAUCACUGCUGCCUCAAAGCUGUUAAGGAAUGCUUAGGCAUUCAUAAUGUCUCUAAACCUGUCUCUGCAGUCACCCAAGGAAUACAUUUCUUGCUUCAUCCCAAAGUCCUCUAUGAAAUUUGUAGUUUUGGCCUUCAAGACUCCCAGCAUGAGGUAUGCUCAGCUGCCAACUCUGUACUGAUGUAUCUUCUCCAGGGCCGAUUGAUGAUGACAGUAGUGACCUGGAACAAGUUUAUUGAGGCCCUCUGUCCUGUUGUUCCAGUUCUUCAGGGUUAUGCAGACACAGAAGAUCAUCUGGGGAAUUGCAUCCUCACAUUGAGUGAAACAACUGCUGAAAAAGAAGGGAUUCUGCCAAGAACUUCCAGACUCAGGGCUGCUCUGCGUCUUCUCUUUUCAAAGAAGCCACUAGUCCGUUCCAUGACACCCAAACACUUAAUGUUUCAUCUUACUGUUGAAGAAAAGGGAAACCUGAAGCGGCCACUACUUCAUGGCAGUGUCCUUUCCAGAAUUCCUAACUUAUUUAUUGUGGAAAAGCCUCUUGAACUCAAGUUAGAUGGCACAAGGGAAUCAAUUUUUAAGGACGAGACUGUUGAAAAACUGUAUGAGAUCUUUAUUUCUGACACAAUUGAUCUGGUUUUGAGGAAGUCUGCUGUUGAGCAGUUAGCUGUAAUUAUGCAAGAUACCAAAAUGCAUGACAUUAUUAAAAAGAUGGGUGUGAUAGACAGAAUUCUUGCCUAUUGUGGUGAAUGUAUUGACCAGGAUGGCAAGAUUAUGGAUUGUAUGAUGUUGCCAUGUCUUACCCUCUUAAGGAAACUUGUCUAUUCAGAUCCAGUUAAGCGACUGUCAUUGUCCAAUCAGCCGUCUGUCUUGCUCAUGUUAUUUAGAGUUUCCUUGAUAUUCCAAGAUUAUGGUGCUGUUGUAAGCGAAGCAGCAGCAUUACUUUGUCUACUACUGUUUGAUGAAGCAGCAAGAAAAGAGAUGUGGGCUGAUACUCUUUCUUCGGACACUUAUAACUCUCCUCCUUUCAGCUUGCCUGUUGCUAUCGUGAGACGGUAUCACCUGCCUUUCAGGGUCUCUUCCCAUCAUGCUGUGAGCCCAAACUCAGUGGUGUUACCAUUUUCUCCUGAAUUCUGGACCUCAAAACCUGUGUCAGACAUGCUUAAAAUGGCUUGGAAUUUGUCUUGGUUCAGCGGAACUGAUAACUUACUAAAACUCACUAAUUAUGAGAAAGAAACAGAAGAAUUUUUAGCCACAUUAAAGCUCUCUUCUGAGGAUCUUAUUACAUUGAAGAUAACACACACAGCCAGUGGACUGCAAGAUUGUCUCAAUUCCAUCAUUCAAGCAGUGUCCCACAGGGAAGUUAGGGACGCUGUCACAACAAUGAAUUUUUAUAUUCUGAAUGACAGACUGGCAUUAAUGUGCAGCAGGGGCCCUUGUGGGGCCACUUUGAAGUGCUUGGCUUGGCAAACAGCAUUAAGCAGAUUUCUUCAGGUGCUUCCAGCUUCUUCUGAGGAUGAAAAACUCCUUGUUGAUGUCCUAUAUUUUCUCAACAAGCUACUUAAAGGACAGAAGAAUACACCAGAGAUGGCACACCUACAAUGGAUCCUGGAUGUAGUCCUAAAGCAUAAUACAAAGUCUUUACUGGAUCUGGUGGUGCAACCAGAAUCCCAGGCACAAGAGGAAACAGAUGACCUAAAGAUUCCUGUUAGACAACAACUGCAGAAAGAAUUGAUUGCUUUCUUUAAUACACUUCUGGUCAGCCUUAUGUCUGUUACUCACAGAAAAACCAUGGAACUUACUGGCUAUUUCCGAACUGAACUGGCACUGAAACUUCUGCAGUAUUUACGAGUAACAGAUGCUCCUCACUUCUAUGGUUUGCCUUCUUUGGAAAGAACAUUAAGAGGAAUGGUCCACGUCACUGCUCUCCCAGGCUGGAGUUCAUACACUGUUACAACAGAGCCAUUCAUCAUUUGCAAAAAAUAUUUAGCAGGGCUCCUUGAGGUCAUCUCAUCUUUUUAUGUUGAAUGGGGAGGAAAUGCCAUGUCUUUCAUGGGGAAAGGUGUCACAAAAAGUGCCAUCCUUUGUUUGCUUCACUUGUCCCAUGAAAUGAUGGCUCAGGCCCCAAAUGUGGAUUGGGUAUCUCUCUGGUUUUUGCCCUAUGAAACAGGUGAAGAGCAGUCUCUUUCUCGGCAAGGCUUGGCUUGGCUGAUUCCAUUAUGGGUAGAUAGAGACCCAGAGGUAAAGUUCACAUCACUUGCAGUAGGAUCCGCGCUUACAUCGGUUGAAGCCGGUUGCUAUGCUUUAGCUGAAAGCUGCCGGAACAUAUCAGGAGGCUUGUGGGGAACAGUGAUUAACAUCCUUCUGGACAAAUCUGAAUGCAGUAUGGUCAGAAGAGAGGCUGCAUUUAUUCUUCAGAAUCUUUUGGUGAUUCCAUUGUCCACUGAAGAGGUUAAAGACCCCAUUUGGCAGGGUCCUUGUGUGCAUGAUGAAGAAUAUGGUGUGUCUCUCACUGGAAAACCUGCCCUCCUGGCUCUACUAUAUCACUGCCACUUCUAUGAGCAUUUGAAUGAAAUGGUGAAAGACUGCUAUCUAGGUCGGUUUACAUUUGAUCUGCAUUGUUCCUUGGAACACAGCCAGGCAACAGAGAAGAAUAGUCUAAAUGAUCUUGAUGACUCUGUUUCUUUCUGGAAAAUCCAAUCUAGCCAGGGCCAGGGCCAGUCUGCAAGUUCCCAUUCAACAUCUGACACUGUGAUUUUUUCUUCUUCACCAUCUUUGGGUUGUGUUAGGGAAGUACCAGCACCUACAUCACCACCUCUUAAUCGAUUCAUGGCUCAAGGUCAGAGUGACACAACCACAAUAGCUUUGAGUCCACAUGAUUCCUUGCAGUCUGUUAUUAGUUCUCAUCAGUCUGCAGUGGUUACACCUCAUCUCCUGUCAGCUGUUUGUAGCUUGCUGAACAACCUGCUGAUUGUCACUCCAAAAGAUACCGGAAUUGCUCUUCUGCAAGCACAUACACUAACUGCUCUCAGUAGUCUUGUGAAUCCAGGAUUGAUAGAGAGAUGUAUCUUGGAAAUGAAAGCACCAUUACCACAGCCAUCUUUUGUGGAGUAUGCAACAAUUCAGGUUUUGUCUCUACUGCAGUAUCUUUCAUCCUUGUCCCAGCUCCUGCAAUCAUGCUUGUUGAUAGACACUCACCUUGUGAUGCAAGAUGACUUACUGAUGCCUCUCUUGGAAAAUGCCUUUGUGGUUCUUUCCCUUCGCUCCAAGGAUGGCUUAGACUCUGAGCUAUCAGCAGCAGUUUAUCAAACGUGGAAAGACUUAUUCAGUUUUUUGGCUAUCUUGUUGAGAAAAUGUGGCCACACCUCUCUACCAAUUCUUACUGCAGCACUUGCCAAGCGUUGGAUUGCAGUAAUAGAUACACUUUGUGAAUGUUUGCAUCUGUCUGUUACACAUCCUGAUCUGUAUGUGAGCUGCUUGCAGUUCCUGGCCAUUCUUUUUUCUGAAGAAGGAAAGAGAGAGCUAUGCCUUCAAGAGGAUAUGUCCUACCAUCCAACUUUGACUUUGCUUCUGGAUGAUGAUGUGAAGAGCCAACUAUCAGUCAACAAACUCUGUGAAUUGAUAAUUCAGAACUAUGAAGAAAAAUCCUUUGAAGAUGGAUUGAAACGAGUUGCUGCAAGUGCUUUGCUUCACCUUUUGGCUGUCAGUAAAAGUGCCCAGAAAUCGGCGUUGGAAGGUAACCUCAUUGAAACGUGCUUGGAACAGAUGAAACAUAUUCAUGCACAGCUGAACCUAGAUACCUUGAGGCCUGGUAAAGCAGUCCAGAGGAAAAAAGAUGAUAGCCUGAGCAAAGAAUUAAAGCUCGUCAUGCAACUCCUAAGAAAUUGCUUCUUCCAAAAUGAGACCUGCAAAGCAGCAGCCCUUGGAACUCACCUUAUCUUUGUUUUGCAUUCUCUUUGGCCAUGGCUUUUAAUGGAUGACUCACUGAUGCAGACGACUCUGCAUUUACUUUGUGUCUACACUGCAAACUUUCCUCUGGGCUGUGGCGCCCUUUGUAUGGCAAGUAGUGGAUUGUCUCCCCUUCAGACAGCCCAAAGAACUGCAGCUGGAAACUCACUAAUGCACAGUAUUGUGAAGUUAGCUUCUCAAACUCUAGCAGAGAACAGUAGCAUUCAACAGAUGACCUUCAGUCUUCUGGCAAACUUGGUUGUGUCUCAUGACUGUAAGAGUGUUCUUCAGAAGAAUAAUUUUCUGCAGAACUUUUUAGCACUGUCAUUGCCAAAAGGAGGUAAUAAAAGCCUUGGUGCAUUGGCUGUUGCUUGGCUAAAGCUGCUUUUGAAUCUGUCAUUUGAAGAAGAUGGACAGCAAAUGAUUGUGAAGCUGAAUGGUGGUUUAGAUCAACUUAUUGAGAUGGCCAAGUACAAACACCGAAGUAAUCCAUAUAUGAUCCUUUUGAUUUUACACAACACUUGCUUUAGCCCAGCAAACAAACCCAGAAUACUAGCUAAUGAUAAAGCUAUUGCAUUGCUAUCUGCCUGUCUAGAAAGUGAUAGCCCUGUAGCUCAGAGAAUAGGAGCAUCUGCACUUUGGGCUUUGCUUCACAAUUACCAGAAGGCAAAAGUGACUUUGAAGAAUCCAUCAAUAAAACGAAGAAUAGAUGAAGCUUUCCUUUCAGCGAAGAGAACUUUUCAGAUGCAACAAGAAAGCCAGCAGGAUCCCUAUUACUUAAAAUGUCUGGAAAACCUUGUUCAACUUCUCAGCAGUUAACCUCACUUAUGUAAAUGAAUGCUGUGUGUUACAAAACUGGUUUCACUGAAGGCCAACAGAAUCCAAAUGGAAAUGUAAUGCCACCUUGUUGAAGUGGGAUUAAAUCCUUUCUUAUCCUUUGCAUUGCAUUCCAAAGAAGAAUGCCAAAGAAUGUACAGUUAACAUAUUUGUGUCUCUGGAAACAUCAGUGUUUUAAUGUCAUCACAAGUGACAUAUGGGAGAACAGAAGAAAAAAAUAUAGACUUUUAAUGAUGUAAAUUGUAAAUAUGUAAAUUUGUAUAAAUAAAGAUGUGAAUUAUA